AAUGUUUCCCCUCCGGUGUCUGUUUAACACGGAGCCACUGAUUUUGGUUUUAUUAUCUUCCUGACUGAUAAAUUAUAUAAUAUAAUUGUCAGGAGAAAGCGAACUCUUUCAGCCAGCUUUUCAAGGGAGAAAUGUGCAGUCGUCUGAGGUGGAAAUAUUAUUAAUAAUUAUUAAAUUUAGCUCAUGAUGGCUCCGGAGGUGACGGCUCGGGCUGUCUGUCAGCAUGAACUCUGACAAUGCGGUGCUGAUGAAGGAAUACGUGAAGAUGAUGACUGAUAUGAUCGUGCUGUGUGCCACUCUGGCACUCUCCCUCUUCUUCUGGGUCAUCUCCCUCGCCAUCAGUACCUUCUACGGCACACUGCAGCCUGUGUCACCUUGGCGAUGGCUGUUCUCCAUCUUGGUUCCCCUUGUGCUGACGCUCAGAGCGCUGAAGAGACGCAGUCUGGACCGCUCUGGAGCCCUGGCCGCUCUCCUGGUAGGAUUUGUGUUGACGAUGGCCAACUACAGCUUCUUCUGCUCACUGCUGGCCUUCUUCAUCACCUCCUCCAGGCUGACCCGCUGGGGAGGAGCAGAGAAGAGGAAAAUAGACGCAGAGUACAAAGAAGGGGGCCAGAGGAACUGGGUUCAGGUCUUCUGUAAUGGAGGAGUUCCCACAGAGCUGGCGCUGCUUUAUAUGAUCGAGGUGGGUCCAGGUGAGAUGCCCAUUGACUUCAGUAAGCAGUACUCUGCCUCCUGGAUGUGUCUCUCUCUACUGGGCGCGCUCGCAUGCAGCACCGGGGACACCUGGGCGUCGGAAGUGGGGCCUGUCCUCAGCCAAUCACGGCCUAGGCUCAUCACCACCUGGAAGGAAGUGCCAGCAGGAACAAACGGAGGAGUUACUCCCGUCGGAUUGGUUGCCAGCUUCCUCGGCGGGCUGGCGGUGGGCACGGCUUACUUUUUAACACAGCUUCUAUUGGUCAAGGACCUGCACCUGGCGGACCCCCAGUGGCCGAUCGUCGUGUAUGGCGGUGUGGCUGGCCUGUUGGGAUCCAUGCUGGACUCUUUCCUGGGCGCUCACAUGCAAUACUCAGGCUUCGACUCGAGCAUCGGGAAGGUGGUGUGUUACGAGUCCGCCACCACCCGGCGCAUCUGCGGGAAACCCAUCUUAGACAACAACGCGGUCAACCUGUUCUCCUCAGUCCUCGUCGCUCUCAUCCUGCCCGGCCUGGCGUGGGGGAUGUGGCCGCGAUAGACUGGCGACAGAUCUACAGCCGCGUGGAGCGCAGGACAGAUCCGAGACUGAUGAGACAUUUUCAGUAAUACAUAAGUUGGUCACAGAAGCAUAACACUAAAGAUUAAUAUUGGCGAGUUACAAUCUGUGAAUGACACCUGCUGCGGUUCUCAGGAAUCUUGAUUUGCCGCCACUUUAAAUUUGUCUUUUUACUCUCGUCAGGCUGAAAGUAUAAUUUGAGCUUAAUACUGCAGCAAAUUUACAAUUAAAUAAAGUUAAUUAAAUAAAACCUAUCAAAAAAAACAACACAA